AUGCCAUAUAUAUCAAACGAAACGUUGAUAGGAGCUGCGUUACUGGUAGUGUUAAUUUUGGGCUAUCAAUACGUUCCUUCAUCAGCCACGACAAUAUCCAAUAACGCCAACACGAUCUCGAACGUCAACACUAAAUCCUCCAAAAAGAAAGCUAGCAAGAAGAAUAAAAAACCUUCUUCCUCAUCCCCGCCACCCAUAGCUGGACCAUCAAAGACCGCCAAGGAAAGUGAUAGGAUCGCACUUGGCCAAUCAGCUGAAAAACCAAAUGGAGCAGGAGCAGGAGCAGCUUCAGGUGAAAAUAAUAAAGGCGUUUCAAACAAUAAAGUAAACAAGAGUAAAGGUGGAAAUAAUCAAAAAGCAGAUAAAGCUUCUUUAGGUGAUGUAAACCAAGAAAAGAUAGUAUCGGAUCGACAACAGGGAAAUAAACCUCAACCUCAAGCUCAAGCUGAACCCCAACAACAACAAUCGCAACAACAACAACAGAAAAAGAAAUCAUUGGCUGAAAAGUUAUUACCUAAAGAACCUAAAACCAAAGUAGACGAUAUGCUAGCACCUGAAGAUAGACCGGGUCAAAUUGCGAGAGUAAUGAAAGUCACUUCAUCUUCCUCUUCUGGAUCUGGAUCUACGAAUAACAAUUCCAAUGGAACCGCCAACCCUUUCGCCGCUAUAUCAUCUCAAUUCACUAAUCGGAAUCAGGACGAUGAGGAAGACAAAUCGGAAGAAGAGGAGGAAGUUAACCUCGCAAAUGACCACAUCGAUGGAAAAGGGAAGAUAGAUAAGUUCCAAGAUGAUUAUAUCCCUUUGUCAGACGAUGAGCCAAGCGGUAAGACCAAAAGCAAAAGCAAAAGCAAAAGCAAAACAAAUGAUGGAUGGGAUGUAGUGACCAGUAAGAAGAAGAAAUCUUCCACGUUAAACAUAUCAGAUCCAUUCGCAUCUCAAUCAACUUCACUUCCUUUGCCAUCAGAUUUAGCAUCUAGACAACAGAAGAAAAAUGCCAAAAAAUCCGAAGAGAAAAAAGCAGCUAGAGCGAAUGAAGAAGCUGAGAGAUUAAGAAGGUUGGCCUUACAUAAGAAGGAUCUCGAGAGAGAAAGAAUAAACGAACUCUACGCUGCUAAACAAUCAGAUUCAUCAAGGGGAAAAUCACUUCAUACCUCAAAUACACCUGGUUCAAGAGCUACUUUGACUGAAAAUGGGAAACUCGUUUGGGAUUAG